AUGAAUUUGUCUCUUCCAAUGAAAAUACAAAAUAUUCUUCUAAUCAUCUCAUUAUUGUUAUUACUAUCAUUACGUCAUCAAGCUUACCACAUUCAAGCCCAAAAUUUAGACAAAGUAGUGAACCUUCCUGAACAACCAUUGGAUCCGAAGGUCUCUCACUUCUCAGGUUAUGUCAACGUCAAUCAAGAAAAUACACGUUCACUCUUUUAUUGGUUCUUCGAAGCCUUGUCUGAAUCUCCUUCAUCCAGACCUCUAGUUCUCUGGCUUAAUGGAGGUCCUGGUUGUUCAUCUAUUGGAUAUGGAGCAGCAUCUGAAUUAGGACCUUUUCGUGUUGCUCAAAAUGGGACAAGCCUUAGCUUCAAUCAAUAUUCUUGGGUCCAAGAAGCGAAUAUGUUGUUUUUAGAAUCACCGGUUGGAGUAGGGUUUUCGUACACGAACUCAUCUUCUGAUUUGGACAAUCUCAACGACGCUUUCGUUGCGGAAGAUGCAUACAACUUCAUGCUUGCUUGGUUUGCAAGGUAUCCACAGUAUAAGUCUCGUGAUUUCAUCAUAGCUGGUGAAAGCUAUGCCGGUCACUACGCACCUCAGCUAGCCGAGCUUAUAUACGAUCAGAACAAAGUUAAGCCAAAGGACUCCUUCAUUAAUCUCAAAGGCUUCAUCGUGGGAAACCCACUGACGGACGAUGAGUAUGAUAACAAAGGGAUUUUAGAAUAUGCAUGGAGCCAUGCAGUGAUCUCCGACAGUCUCUACGACUCUGCAAAACGUAACUGCGACUUCAAGUCUUCGAAUUGGUCAGAACCCUGCAACGUUGCCAUGAACACAGUGUUCACAAAAUACAAAGAGAUUGAUAUAUAUAACAUAUAUGCUCCCAAGUGCGUAGCUAAUAGCUCAUCAGGAGCUUCUUACUUAAGUUCGGGAGCUAAUUAUAAGUCUCCUGCGGUCAAAGAUUGGUUCAAGAGAGUGAGAUGGUUUGAAGGAUACGACCCUUGUUACUCUAAUUACGCUGAAGAAUAUUUCAAUAGGGUCGAUGUUCGAUCGUCUCUUCAUGCCACUACACGAAAUGUAGCGAGAUGGAGAGUUUGCAAUGAUGCAAUAUUGCAAACGUACCAUUUUACAGUCUCCUCAAUGUUGCCUACAUACAGUAAGCUCAUCAAAGCUGGCCUCAAGAUAUGGGUUUAUAGUGGAGAUGCCGACGGGAGAGUGCCAGUGAUCGGAAGCCGGUAUUGUGUUGAAGCUUUAGGGCUUUCCGUCAAAUCCAAUUGGCGUUCUUGGUUCCACAAUCAUCAGGUGGGAGGGAGGAUAACGGAAUACGAAGGAGGGUUAACGUUCGUAACGGUGAGAGGAGCAGGACACUUGGUUCCUCUCAAUAAACCUGAAGAAGCUCUCGCUCUUUUCCGGUCCUUCCUUAACGGCCAAGAACUCCCGUCACGCCCCUAG